AUGGUGUGCAGUAUCCAUACUAUAUCGUCAAAUGGGGACCACGUGCACUUCAAUGAGGUGGUACUGAACGACAAGGGCUUACUGCAAGAGUCUAUACAACUGCCUUCUGUGGCUGUCGUAGACACGAGUGAGAGUAUCAGCAGCAGUCGCGAAACGGUCGAAAGCGUUCAUUGUACCGGUCCAACAGUAUCAGGUGCUGGUAGCAAACCGACGAGCUUCUGGUUGCUGGUCUAUUGUUGCAGUGGCAUUCUAGCGUCAUUCACCCUUCAUGGAGUCGUCCUCGAAAAGAUCACGACGCACCGCGUCCUGGGCGAACUGUCCAUGACGUUUGUCUUGUGUGUCUUCAACUCCCUCGUUGCAGUUGGAUUACGUCGGAUUCGGAACGAAAAGCUGUCGACCGUGCCGCAGCGUUUCUUGGUGCUUGUGGGUGCUCUGGCUUUUGGCUCGACAAUUGCGUCGAUGGUGGCGCUCCGGUAUGUGUCGUACGUCACUCGGAUCGUGGGCAAGUCGUGCAAAUCCAUUCCAGUUCUGGUCAUUGGCGUGCUGCUCGGCAAGAAAUACGCUGUGCAAAAGUACGUGUCGGUUUUGGUGCUGUCGAUCGGUGUUGCUGUCUUUUUGCUGGGCACAAUAAACGGGAAGCACAACGAUGUGAUUGAGCACGAAGAGCGCCACAAUAAGAGUCUACCCGAGCACGAACGGACGCCUGAUAUGGUCCUUGGGGUUUCAUUGUUGGUGCUUUCUCUCAUCUUUGACGGUGCGACGGGUGCUUUAGAAGACAAGUUCAUGACCGAGUUCGAUAUUGGCGCCUUUGACCUCAUGUACUACGUCAGCAUGUACAAGGCUCUUUUUUCAGCUGCUGGAAUGGUGAUCAAUGGCGAAGUGCCUGUGUUUCUCCAGUACAUUGUGCCAUCGCUGCCUAGUCUCCUGCUGCUCAGUUUGACCGGUGCUUUCGGCCAGGCCUUCAUUUUCUAUACCAUCAGCAUGUUUGGCGCCCUGACGACAGCUAUCAUUGGCACGUGCCGUAAGGUGCUGAGUAUCGUGCUUUCUGUCUUUCUGUUUGGACAUGUAUUGGCACUGGGUCAAAUGGUGGGUCUCGGACUAUCCUUUGUUGGUAUUGGACUCAACUGGGUGAACAUCAAGAACUGCUUUGCCAAGCCCGCGCUGGCACGUACCGCCGCGUCGGAGACUUUUGAAGUGGACAUGCUUUCGAAAGAGAGUCUACUUGAGAGCUACAGUGACGAUACGGUCGACUCGGAAUCUGAUGAGCAGGAAGUGACGAUUUCGAUUCGAUGUAUGGAUGACGAAGAGACGUCAGCAGAGAUUGCUCGCAAGAUGGAGCUGGUCAAUGCGUGGCACCAUCAAACAGCUUGUAAAGCCGAAAGAUUACCGAUUGACGACGAUGCGUCUGAUUGCAGUGGUGACGUGGUAGUGUAA